UUGACGUAACGAGGUGGUAAUGGUCACGUGGUUUUCGCCGUGAGCCACAACGUCCAGCCGCUGCCGUACGCCAGCUUCGUCCGCUUCGAGUGUCACCUCCCCAGCAGAAUGGACUUCAACGUGAAGAAGUUAGCCUCCGGGGCCGGACUGUUCUUCACGCGGGCUGUGCAGUUCACAGAGGAGAAGCUGGGCCAGGCGGAGAAGACCGAGCUAGACGCUCACUUUGAGAACCUGCUGAGCCGCGCAGAUUGCACCAAGCUGUGGACCGAGAAGAUCUACAGGCAGACGGAGGCCCUGCUGCAGCCCAACCCAAUAGACCACACUGGUGCCAGAAUUGAAGAGUUCCUCUAUGAGAAGUUGGACAGGAAGGCCCCGUCCAGAGUUACCAAUGGAGAGCUGCUGGGUCAAUACAUGAUGGAUGCAGCAAAGGAGUUUGGUCCUGGAACGCCAUACGGGGGUACUUUGAUCGAGGUGGGCGAAUGUGAGAGGAGAUUAGGAGCAGCAGAGAGGGAGUUCGUCCAGACGUCAGCUAUCAGCUUUCUCACCCCUCUCAGGAAUUUUCUUGAAGGAGAUUGGAGGACCAUUUCAAAAGAAAGACGUCUUCUGGAGAACCUCCGCUUGGACCUGGACGCCUGUAAAACCCGUCUGAAGAAGGCCAAGGUGGCCGAGGCCAAGGCCGCGAUGGCUCCUGACUUUCAGGAAACCAGACCCCGCAACUACGUGCUCUCUGCCAGUGCCUCAGCGCUCUGGAGUGAGGAAGUGGAAAAAGCUGAACAUGAGCUCCGAGUGGCACAAACCGAGUUUGACCGCCAAGCGGAGGUUACCCGGCUGCUUUUGGAGGGCAUCAGUAGUACACAUGUGAACCACCUACGCUGCUUGCAUGAGUUUGUGGAGGCCCAAGCAGCUUAUUAUAAGCAGUGUCAUUUCCACAUGCAGGAACUCCAGAAAGAGCUUGGAAGGCUUCCUGAUGCAUUUGCACUGAACUCCACUAACUGUGAGGCCACAGCGUGCUGUGCAUCAGAAGGCCCGGGCGGCCCCGUGGAGACGGACACACUGAAGAUCGAGGAAGUCCAGGCCCCAGCUACAGGAACCCGCAAGGCCAAAGUUCUCUACGACUACGAUGCCGCUGACUCCAGUGAGCUCUCCCUUUUAGCUGAUGAGCUCAUCACAGUGUACACCGUGCCAGGGAUGGACUGCGACUGGCUGAUGGGAGAGAGGGGAAACCAAAAAGGAAAAGUGCCUGUCACAUACCUGGAGCUUCUCAGCUAAAGAGCACGCGACAUGUGUGAUGACUACUGAAGCCAUGAGCAUUUUUCAUUCGCUUCAUUCAAAUUCACAGUGUUCCACUAACAAAACCUUCCACAGCAGUCCUCCACAGUAAGCAUUAUCAAACGUGUUAAGUGAAACACACACACUCACCUGUGUGCUUCUCUCAUCACACUGAAGUAUAGUCACAUGACACUGACAGCAGUGAUAAUGGAGACAUGACUUUACGAUAUGGUUGGUGGAUUACUAUGUUUUCUUUCUUUGCUAUUUAUUACUUAUUUAUUGUUGUGCAUUCCACUAAUGUGAGGAAAUGCCUGUUUGCAUCAAAUCUGAGUUGUUGAUCCGAUUUGUUCUUAAGAAGUUUCAUUAUUGUCUCUGAGAGGUGUUCAUAAUAGCCAUAUGGAUAAAGCAUGCAAUAACCCCCCUCCUUGGUUCUCUCAAUCAGAGAGCCAGUUGAGUGCAGUUUCUGUUACUAUGACAAAGAAGUGAAAAUUAACCCGGGCUAACUGACUGGGACAAACUCGCUGUUCUGUUGGGCUGACUUACGUUAAUGAAAAUGAAAGAUGUGGCUGCUCCCUAGUUUUCCUGCAGAAGUCCUCUUCCAUUGUCUUCCAAUGCUAUCUAUCGCUAAUCUCUUGUUUUUUAGUAAGAAAACAUUAGCUUCCUAAAGACCAAUGACCAUAAAACAACAAAUGUUGUUUUUAUCGUCCUAGACUCGUGGGAAGCAGAUCAACCUGCUGCUAAAAGAAUGUAACUCCCAUGAUUUUCAAAGAGACCCCAAUGUUUUGUAGACGGUACAAUCAAGCUUUGCAAGCAACUCUUUGGCUUGAUUGAUGGAUGUGGUCCUCUUGAUCUUUUGUUGUACUCGAUUUUUAGACUUGUCAGCCCUUUCCACAGUACAGAAGAUCCAAUAUGAACACCUGUGCAGUAAAUAAACACCCCUGUCCUAACUGCCUUAAAAUGAUGAGAAUGUGCUCCUCUGACCAAAAGGUCCAAAGACCACAUAACAGCAUGCAAGACUGUGACUCCUUUUAAUGGUGUGCUUGUUCGGUAUGUGUGAUCCUGUCCUUUGCAUUGGUGACCUUCCUGCCUGUUGCUAUUCUGUCUGUCAAUGAUCCAAAGUGUCUUCUGUCUUGGUGCUGCAUGUGCUUCUCCUAGUAGCCUGUCCUGCUGGACCGUACCAGGUUCAUGGUGUAGCUCAGUCUGUCUCCACGAAAUAUGAUGUGCUCUCCCACAUCACAUAUAUGUACAUGCAUGCUUUUUUCACAUCUGCUGCCUUUUUGUGCUUAUUGUAAAUGAGCACACUGCUUGCAUAUGUGCUGGUUGCGGUGAAAGGUUUAGGUCCCUGUGAUCAGGGAAGGAAUGAGAAUUAUUCUGGUUGCCGGAAGGAUGUAUUCUGUCAUGUUUCUGGUCUUGUGCUCGUUUCACAGUUUGUAUUUAUUUUUUCAAUUAUUCUCUUGUGACUUUGUUUAUCUCAUCUUGUAUUAUUAUUAUUAUUAUUAUUAUUAUUAUAAUUAUUAUAUAUUUUGUCAAAAUAUGUAUCGCCUGUUCCUUAACCAUGCUGAAUGGAGGAAAUGUAUGGGAUUUAAUAAAAAGUCCGAUUCA